CGAGCUCUUUAACCGACAGUAUACGAAGUGUGAAGGUUUCGUUUUUCAAGCAAGUGGAAGCCAUUGAGAUAGUUUGAAGUUCCUUCAUUGUUGCUGUGCAACAUCACACUCGAAUUUUCAGGUACAUUCGACCGUAGAAACUCAUCCUUUUUGUCUGUGAAACCGUUGAAAAACAACACCGAGUCAACGACUUGAAACGUAACUGUCAUACACUGUAUUCCGUCGAACUGGACAAUAUUUUUGCAUCCUCGGCAAAUACUUCUAACGUAUUUCACAACGAUUAAGAUACAACAGUUCCUUCAAGGUAGUGAUGGCCGUCAAGGGGCUGAUUGCAGCUAUUGUUCAAUUUUUAACACAACAAUUAGAGGAUGGAAAUAUCACUGAAGAUUCUCGUGAGAGUCUUGAAGUAGCCAUACAAUGUUUGGAAAGUGCUUAUAAUGUACAAGCAUCCGAUACUCCAACAAAUUUUAAUUUACACGAGAUAUAUAAAUCCACAAUGGAAAAUUCCAAACCACAAUUAGCCCCGGAGGCUACUGUAGAAGCAAAAGCUGAAGCAGAACGAUUGAAGAAUGAAGGAAAUGUUCUCAUGAAAGCUAAGAAACACACUGAAGCUCUUGCCAAUUACACAAAGGCUAUUCAGUUAGAUGGUCGCAAUGCAGUAUAUUAUUGUAAUCGUGCAGCAGCAUAUAGCAAAAUUGGCAGUUAUCAGCAAGCUAUUAAAGAUUGUCAUACUGCACUGUCUAUCGAUCCCUCUUACAGUAAAGCAUAUGGACGAUUAGGUUUAGCUUAUUCCAGCUUGAAAAGGCACAAAGAAGCUAAAGAAAAUUACCAGAAAGCUUUGGAGAUGGAGCCUGAUAAUGAAAGUUACAAAAACAAUUUGCAAGUAGCUGAGGAGAAAUUAGCAGAGCAAGGCAUGAAUAAUAUGGGAUUAGGUGGUGGUGCAUUUCCAGGCAUGGAUCUCCGUUCACUCUUGAGCAAUCCUACUCUCAUGAACAUGACUCGUCAGAUGUUAUCCGACCCAGCUUUGCAAAAUAUGGUCAGCAAUAUCGUGAGUGGAAAUGUGGAACAAGGAGGACAUAUGGAUGUACUUAUAGAAGCUGGUCAACAAUUGGUCCAACAAAUGCACGAUGCUGAUCCUGAAUUGAUUGAGUCUGUAAGACAGCGAAUGGGAGGAAAUCCAAAUGAUCCUGAGCCACCACAACAGAAUUGAGAUACCUGUGAUUGUAAAAUGUUAUAAAUAUUCAACACAAAUGGAAGCAACUAAAUUGAAUUGAAACAGAAUAGUUACAGGACAAAUAUCUGUCAUUUUUUAACAUACUGAAAAACAAAAA